UUUACGCACGGGGGUUCCCAAAUUUGGACGAUCAUCUGAGGACAUUGCUACUCCUUCUCCACCAGCACCGACAGCGACCUCAGGGUCUUCACCGCAACUUCAGGAGGCACCAUGCACGUGUACGUGGCGGUGCUCCUCGCGUAUGGAGUGUCGGCACUCAAUGUCACCGAGGAGAAGGCGGCGGCGGCGGCGGCGUGCCCCCUCGGGUAUUUCCCCUGUGGCAACCUGACCGUGUGCCUCCCUCAGCUCCUGCACUGCAACGGCGUCGAUGACUGCGGGAAUCAAGCGGACGAGGAGAACUGCGGGGACAAUAACGGGUGGCCCCAUCUUUUCGACAAGUAUUUUGGGAUGCCCAGCCACAACACUGGGACCAAAUCCAAUGUAUGCUUGCUGGGUGCCAUUCCUGAGCUCUGCCAGUGUCGAGACCUGGAGCUGGACUGCGACGGCGCGCAGCUUCAAGACAUCCCAGUGGUGGCCGUGAAUGUCACCAUGAUGUCCCUUCAGAGGAACCAUCUCCAGAAACUGAAAGCAAACACAUUCUCAAAGUACCAGAGCCUCCAGAAACUAUAUCUCCAGCACAACAGAAUUCGAGAUGUGAGUCCAGACGCGUUCAGAGGACUCUUCAACCUAACGAGACUAUAUCUGAGCUCUAACAAGAUUGCCGUCCUCAUGCCGGGGGUGUUCCAGGACCUGCACAAGCUGGAGUGGUUGAUCCUGGAAAAUAACGACAUCAAUCAAAUAUCUUCCUUGACGUUCUCCGGACUGAACUCCCUCGUUUUGCUCGUCAUGAUGAACAACUCGCUGGCCGACCUGGACGACGUCUGUCGGGAGAUGCCGAGAUUGAACUGGCUGGAUUUGGAGGCCAAUCUAAUCGAAACCAUUGGCAACGUGUCGCUCUGCUCGUGCAACAUGCUGACGGUUCUUGUCUUACAACACAACCGGAUCAGCCAUAUACACAAACACGCCUUCGCCAUCCUCCAAAAGCUCGGAGAAUUAGAUCUGUCCAGCAACAGACUGGUGGCCAUCCCUCCCAAUCUCUUCGUCUUACUGGGGGAUUUACUCCAACUGAAUAUAUCCUACAAUCCCAUCGUGGAGCUCCAAGUCGACCACUUUGACAAGCUGCAUAAACUCAAGUCUUUGAGCAUUGAAGGAAUAGAGAUUGGAAACAUACAGCGGAGGAUGUUUGAACCUCUCAAAUACUUAACUCAUAUCUACUUCAAGAAGUUCCAGUACUGCGGCUACGCGCCUCACGUGCGCAGCUGCAAACCCAACACGGACGGCAUCUCGUCCUUCGAGGACCUGCUGGCCAACAUCGUGCUGAGGGUCUUCGUGUGGGUGGUCUCGGCCACCACUUGCUUCGGCAACAUCUUCGUCAUCUGCAUGCGCUCGUACAUCCGGUCCGAGAACAAACUCCACGCCAUGUGCAUCAUUUCCCUCUGCUGCGCAGACGGGCUGAUGGGCGUCUACCUCUUAAUGAUCGGGGCGUACGACCUGAAGUUCCGCGGCGAGUACAACCGGCACGCUCAGGCCUGGAUGGACAGCGGUCAGUGUCAGGUCAUCGGCUCGUUGGCCAUGCUGUCCACCGAGGUGUCCGUCCUCCUCCUCACCUACCUCACUCUGGAGAAGUACAUCUGCAUCGUCUACCCUUUCCAUUACUUGACGCCCGGAUGGAGACGAACUGUCACCAUCCUUUUCGGGAUCUGGGUGUUCGGCUUCGUCAUCGCCCUCCUGCCGCUGGCCUGCAAGGGGCUGUUUCGCAACUUCUACGGCACCAACGGCGUCUGCUUCCCGCUGCACUCCGAGCAGCCGGAGACGCUUUGGGCUCAUGUUUACUCCAUCGUCAUUUUCCUGGGUCUGAACUUGGUGGCAUUCCUCAUCAUCGUCUUAUCCUACGCAAGCAUGUUCUAUAACAUCCAGAGAACAGGGACUCAGGCCACUAAAUACAGCAACCACAUCAAGAAGGAGGUGACCAUCGCCAAGAGGUUCUUCUCGAUCGUCAUCACCGACUCCCUUUGCUGGAUCCCCAUUUUCAUCCUCAAGAUCCUGUCGCUGCUGCAGGUGGAGAUUCCCGGUACCAUCAGCUCCUGGGUGGUCAUAUUCAUCCUGCCCAUCAACAGUGCCCUGAACCCGAUCCUUUACACGCUGACCACGCGGCCUUUCAAAGAGACCAUUCUGCAGGUGUGGGCCAACUACAGGCAGAGGAGGCCUCUGCUGAGCGGCCACCCGCCUCACCAUCCGUCGCUCACCUGGCAGGAGAUGUGGCCGCUGCAGGAGAACAGCCCGGGCCUCGCCGCCACGGGCACGAUAGCCAAGCUCGCCCCUGUGGGAAAUACCAAUGAUGACAUUAUCACAUGCACAGAUCAAUUACAGGAGCAGCAUACAGAGUUGUGACCUUCUAAGUGCUAAAUGCUAAUGCAGCGUUAGCAUUCAUCCUGUCUGCUAAGGAGGGUUAAAAGGCCAACAUUUUAAUUCUGUAUUUGGUAUUUAGUCCAUUUAGUGUUUUGUGUGUUCUUUUUAUAGAAAUAUUGAAUUUAAUGUAUCAGAUACGUCCAGUAUGUUAAUCAAAGAAUGUACUUCAUUUGGGUAGAGGGAAGUGCCCCAGCUGGUCUGGGGUGUUUAACUUGGACUCAACCGACCACGACGCCACAUGUUUUUUUACAAUGACCUGUACGUUUGUACAAUGGUCAUAAAACUGUGCACAUACUUUAAUAAACUACUGAUUCCUGUGGAAAUGUAUCCUUUCAGAUAUUGUAUAAAUGAUAAGUGAAUCAUUAUGCGGGAUAUUUGUAUUUACAUAAUAUUCAUGCUGACAAGACGAGGAAGCCAGCUGUUUCUUGUAGAUAUACUAAUGAUAAUAUAUGAAGGCUUAUAGGAAAUGUUGAUAUUUUUUAAAAAAUUCCCUCCUGGGGAUGAAUAAAUUAAAAUCUAAUCUAAUUUAAUUAUGGAGGAACAUGUUUUUAAAUAUGUGUUAUUUAAUUUGUUGGAUUGUCUUACCAUCAUUAUUUACCGAAGUAGUUUUUGUAUUUCAGUUUUUCUUGAAGUGUGAACAAUAAAUAUAUUUAUGUCUCA